AUGAUGAUCAUAGUGUUCAAUAUGUCAAUGAAACAAUUAACAUUGGCAAUAUUGAAACCAGAUGUUCAACGUUUUAUAAAUUAUCGUAAAUAUGUUGAAUCUUUGAUGUCCGAUGCACAAUUACAAAUUAUUCAUAAUGAAGAGGUUUUUAUGACGCGCGAUCGUGCUCAAGUAUUUUACGCUGAACACAAAGGUAAAUUUUUCUAUGAUCGACUUGUUAAUCAUAUGAUUUGCGGACCACUUGGAGUGUAUAUUCUUGCCGGUAAUAAUGCAAUAUCUGUUUGGCGUUCAUUGCUCGGUCCCACUAAAGUUUACCGAUGUCAACCAACAUGUACCGUUCUUGGUCCAACAAAUUUGGUUUCUACCUCACUCGAUGAACUGACUAGACUUAAGACCAAGUAUUUCAGUAGGACCACCAAGGGUCAUCAAUGUUUCGGCAAUUCUUUUUCCCGAUUUUUGUCGUUAUUUCAAUAUCAUGACAAACACAUCUUUUUACAACUCCAAAUGAAGUCCAUUUUAUGUGUCUUUAGUUCUUAUUUUAUCAAUUUUUAGGACAGUUGUAUUUGAACCAAAUAGUUUACGUGGUCGUUUGGAUUAACAGAUACCAGAAAUGGUUUUCAUGGAUCAGAUUCACAAGAAAAUGCAUUCAAAGAAAUAAAAUUCUUCUUUCCUAAUUUCAAUUGUGAAAGUAUCCUUUCGGAUUUAUGAAAUAUCUUUUUUUGUAUAUUUACUUACUUAGGAUUAUAUAAGUUCUUUAUUCUACUUUAAUUAUUCUGAAAACGAAUUGAAGUUCUUCAAAAUUAC